AUGAAAAGAUGUUAUCCUGUUCUUAAUACUGCCAAUGGAGUGGGUGUCGGUGAUGCAACCCUUCCAAUUUGGAGGGAUCACUUCAAGACCUUGCUGAACCGGCAAGCGCCGUCAGGUCCUGAGCUCGGGCACGUUGAUAGACCGACAGAUGCGGUUAACGAGGAGCCACCGACCGAGUCGGAGGUUCUAGUCUGUAUUCAAAAGAUGAUAAAUGGAAAAUCUGGUGGAGAUGACGGAAUUAGCACAGAAAUGCUGAAAUAUCUUCCUCCGUCAGGGAUUCGUGAGAUGACAAAGAUCAUCCGUUCAAUAUGGAUAGACGAAAGGAUACCUGACUCGUAUAGACACGCUAUCAUAGUUCCCCUCCACAAGAAGGUAUCCGUCACGGACCCUAGGAAUUAUCGAGGAAUUUCUUUGCUGCAUGUUAUGUACAUGGUAUUGGGGCGGAUUAUCCUGGGCCGACUCAUUAAACAUCGCGAAGAAACAACGCGCGAUGAGCAAACUGGCUUCUGUCCUUUUUGA